CACGACAAUUUAUAUCCCAAAAUUACAGCUUCGCAGGUGAUUUCGCAUGCUGACAGCUUCUACUCCUUAAAUCAAAUACAUAUAUAAAUAGAAGUGAGCUUCUGCUUUGAUAUUAAUUCUCGGAAAUAAACAAAAAUGGUGAGGGCUCCCACUUUUGACAGUAAUGGAAUUAAGAAGGGGGCAUGGAGUAAAGAAGAAGACGACCGAUUGAGAGCUCAAGUCGAGAGAUUCGGCCACAACAACUGGCGCCGUCUGCCCUCGUUAGCCGGGUUGGCUAGAUGUGGGAAGAGCUGCAGAUUGCGGUGGAUGAACUAUUUGAAGCCUGGCCUCAAACGAGGGAAAUUCACCAAAAUUGAAGAAGAACACAUCAUCAAAUUACAUGAUCAACUCAGAAACAAGUGGUCAGCCAUGGCAGCUAAGCUUCAUGGAAGAAGUGACAACGAGAUCAAGAAUUACUGGCACGCCCACAUAAAGAAGCGCGGCCGAUGCCACAAUGAUUCCGAUCAUCAUCUUCACGAGGAACGCGAUGAGAAGAAUAUCGAUCUAUAUUCGUUUGCACGAGAUCAAGAUGAUGUUUUGGCUAAACCAUAUGGAUUAUUUUCACCCCAAAUUAAUGUAGAUGAAUUUCAUGAUUUUGGGAUAUUCGAAGAAAUACAGAAUGAUACAUCGACCUUGUCGAAUUAUUCAGACAUUGGAAGCAGUUUUAGCAGCCCAAGUAGUACUAGUGCAGAGUUUCAAGGAGGUUUCUGGUUUGAUCCAUUUGAGGAAGACAUAUUGGAAAUGGAACUUUGGUGAUGAUUGAUUAAUUUGAUUUAAAUUAAUUUUGUAUACUUCCUCCGUUUCAUUAAAAGUGGCUUGUUUCCAUUAAUGAAAAAAUUUAAUAC